ACGCGCAAGCGCCUAUCUCUGGGCAGGCACGCGGCGGGCGACACCGGCAGCCGUCUCCAUGAACGCACACUCCGCUCCUCCACGCCGGGAAAGGUUCGGGCGCACGGCCGGCCAUUAACACUGCCGCAAGAGCGGAGAGGAGAUGGGCGGCGCCGGCGGAGGAGCCGCCGCCAGCGGCACGAGGUCGCUGGACCAGACGCCGACGUGGGCCGUGGCCGCCGUCUGCGCCGUCAUCGUCGCCGCGUCCAUCCUGCUGGAGGGCCUCCUCCACCACCUCGGCCAGUUGCUCAGCAAGAGGCGGAAGAAGGCGUUGUUCGACGCCCUGGAGAAGGUUAAAUCCGAGCUGAUGACUCUGGGGUUCAUAUCGCUGCUGCUGACCGUGACGGGGAGGUACAUCUCGCGCAUCUGCAUCCCGGCGGGAGCCGCCAACACCAUGCUGCCCUGCCGCCUGUCCGUCCACUCGGAGGCUAAACAGCCCGAGGGCCAUGGCCGACGGCACCUGUCUGAAGAUCCGAGCUACUUUUUCUCCUGCCCCAAAGGCAUGGUGUCGCUUGUUUCAGCCGACGGGAUGCAUCAGCUGCAUAUUUUCGUGUUCUUCUUGGCCGUCUUCCAUGUCACAUUCAGUUUCUUUACAAUGUCCCUAGGUAGAGCAAAGACGCGUAUAUGGAAGGUGUGGGAAAACGAAACGUGCUUACCAACCUAUGAAUUCCAAUAUGAUCCCUCAAAGUUCAGGCUUACUCAUCAAACAUCCUUUGUGAGGCAACAUGCAAGCUGUUGGAGCAAAAGCACGAUCCUGCUCUAUGUUGUGAGCUUCUUUAGACAGUUCUUCAGAUCUGUUCGGAGGACAGACUACCUUACUUUGCGGCAUGGAUUCAUUGCUGCUCAUUUAUCCCCGGGGACCAAGUUCAAUUUUCGGAAGUACAUCAAGAGGUCAUUGGAGGAUGAUUUCAAAACAGUUGUUGCCAUUAGUCCACCUUUAUGGGCCUCUGCUCUGGCUGUCAUGCUCGUCAAUGUUCAUGGAUGGCACAAUUUGUUCUGGUUCUCAACAAUUCCCCUUGUACUGAUUCUAGCAGUUGGAACAAAGCUGCAGGCAAUAAUUGCUAUGAUGGCUAUUGCAAUUACAGAGAGGCAUACAGUUAUUCAGGGCAUGCCAGUGGUAAAACUGAGUGAUGAUCAUUUCUGGUUCGGGAAGCCUCGUCUGGUUCUCCAUCUCAUCCAUUUCGCAUCAUUCCAGAAUGCAUUUGAGAUUACAUAUUUCUUUUGGAUUUGGUACGAGUUUGGGCUGAGGUCCUGCUUCCACGACAACUUUGAGCUUAUUAUUGCGAGAGUCUGCCUUGGGGCUGUCGUCCAAUUUACGUGCAGCUAUGUCACCCUUCCACUCUAUGCCCUUGUAUCUCAGAUGGGGUCGCAAAUGAAGACAACGAUCUUCGACGAGCAGACAGCGAAGGCCCUGAAGAAGUGGCACAAGGCCGUGGUGAAGAAGAAGCACAACAAGGAGUCGUCAGAUGACCCUUCCGAGACCCAGAGCGCGGACACACCAGCAGGAGGAACGGAGGCGAGCGAGUGGCACCGGCCGCACGAGGUGCCGGUCCGUCACCUCCGCCGCUACAAGACCAUCGCGCACGUCGGCGGCGCGAGGAGCCCGCUGUCGGACUCGGACUACAGCGACGCGGACGACGCCGAGCCGGUGUCGUCGUCGCAGACCAGGCACCUGAUACCGCCGGCGAAGCAGCGGAGCCUCGACACCGGGCGCAAGGAGGUGCGCGUGGACGUUGUGGAGACGGCGGCGGCGCCGCGCGACGGCCACCAGGACAGCUUCUCGUUCCCGAGGCUGUCUCCUCGCCACGACAAGUGAGCUGAAAGAGCAGCCUGUUAGUGCUUAGCAGCAGCAGCAGCAGCAGCAGUAAUACUAGUUGAUGCUAACCUAUAUGAGACCGUGCUUUAAAUGAUAGUACUAGAUUAUUAGUAGUAAUAGUAAACUAGUAAUUCAUCAGCUUUGUAGUAUAGCUGCUUGGUGUAAGUGAUGUGUGGAUUGAUGAACUGCAAA